AUGCCGCUUCCCAGAUCCUUCCGACAGCCCAAGAGGCAGUCCUCAGGAUCCAGAUCUCAGUCACGGCGCAAGCCGUGUCGUCUCUGCCACAACCUUGAUCCACGCAGUCACUCGAGCUCGGUGUAUGAAGCGGAAACCCCCAACGGUGCCACUACCACCUUAACAUUAGUCUUGGACCCACUGAGCCUCGAGAGGACCAAGGCGCCAAUAGACGGAGGCUGCCGGUUCUGCCACGUGUUAGUUCUGGCGCUUGAUGGUUUCUUUGAAGGCUGGAGGGGCUGUCGGCAGAGAAUUAUCGUCGAUUUGAAGGAGAAGGGAAAUAUUAAGGUUGGGAGUGAAGGGGAGAAGUGGAAGGGUGAACAAGUAGAGAUAUAUGCUAGGUCGGCAUCCCGGCCCCCCUGGCCGACGUUAGGUACCGCCCACCAUAUUCCCCCGAACUCCGGCUCAGAUGAUACCUUCAACUUCGCUCGCCGCUGCAUCCAAGAUUGUCUCACGAACCCGAAGCACACAGCUUGCAGAGCCUCAUCGUCAUUCCCUCAUCCUAAGCGUCUACUUGACGUUGGUCGCGUAACUUCUCCCAUACGCCUCAUCGACACAUCCGGCAAACCAUUCCAAUAUGCCACUCUUUCGCAUUGUUGGGGUUCCGGUCCAGUGCUCACAGCGACUAAGUCCAAUUGGCAGAAAUUAGCUUCGCACAUCCCGUUUGAGCGUUUACCUCCUCUCUUCCAAGAUGCAGUAAUCAUAACACGUCAACUUGGCUUGCGCUACAUCUGGAUAGAUUCUCUUUGCAUAAUUCAAGACUCAACACGAGACUGGGAAACCGAGAGUGCGAAAAUGGGCGGCAUCUACUCUCAAUCCUAUGUGACUAUCUCAGCAACGCAAUCCGGGGAUGGAAGUUCGAGGUGCCUUGUGGAUCGACAGAAGUCUGUACAGAUAAACUACGAGAAUACGACGGGCAAAGUAUUCGCGCUUCAAGCGAGAAGAACGGUGGAUCACCAUCCGGAUGUCCAAGCGAGCGUGCCUGCAAAACCAACAGGACACCUUACCACGCGAGCUUGGGCCCUUCAGGAGCACGUUCUCAGCACCCGAAUCCUCCACUAUACUUCUACGGAGCUGCUCUUUGAAUGCAAGACCUCGUAUCGCUGCGAGUGCCUCCCUUCUCGCAAAGCUUAUCCCACAACUCCUUCGCUGAUUCCCAAAGCCAUUGCCAAGAAAAGUGGGAAACAUGAAGAUGUUUGGGAUGCCUGGCAGCACGUUGUAGAACUUUAUUCGAAGAGAAACCUUACAGUUCAAACAGACAAACUUCCUGCGCUCUCUGGUAUCGCUUCCCAGAUCCAAUCAGCCACGAAAUCCGACUAUCUGGCAGGUGUCUGGAAAGACAACCUCGCCUCUGAUCUUCUCUGGUCCGUUGACCCCUCUGCAACAUCAUCUUCGUGCGCCUUAGAGACUUAUCGUGCCCCAACCUUCUCUUGGGCUUCUCUUAACACUCCGAUUUCUUACUAUUCCCCUAACGCUCACGAGCGAGCUGCUUUCAAGCCUGCUAUCACUUUGAUAUCUAGCAAUAUCUCCCUCGUCGGGCUGAAUCGACUUGGUGCAGUCUCUAACGCAUCAAUUACUAUCCAUGGUCCCUGUCUCACCGCGCUCCUGUCGUCAGGACAAAAAGAUGGAAGCUGGGAGUACAUGCUUCUCAUCAAGGGAACCAGUGCGAUAAACAUAUCUCACGACUGUCUCUUGAUCUCAGACAAGUUAGAUGAUAGUGAACGAGUGCGGAGAGCCAAGCCAGACGAACAUUCAAGCAUCUUCAAAGCCGAAGUCUUGUGUCUCAGCAUCGCCAAAUACGAUUGCUGGAUUUCCGGCCUUGUCCUUGGGAAGUCGCAAAGGGUUGAUAGAGCCUUUGAAAGACUUGGCACAUUUGCAGCAGGUUAUGAAGGUUUCGGCAAGGCUGAAGGGAGGGAAUUAACAAUUGCCUAG